AUCCACAACUCAAAAGUUCGUAUUCUUCGUCGGCCGUCUUGCUUGUGUAAUCAAUCAUAAUAAUUUCUAACGUCUAGUCUACCUUUGGAUUUUUGUCAAUUUUAUCGAAAUCAAUUUUUUUAUAUAAAUCAUCUUGAUCCUGUAUAGCACACCACAUAAAGGAACGCGCCGAAAGCACGACUGAACGAAAAAGAUAGAUAAAAACUAGUCAAAUUUUUAUUAGCUAAGAAUUUAAUCAAAAUGAAAUAAUUUUUUUAGACAUAUUUUACAAUAAAAAACAAGUUACCAGUACUUAUUUAUUUUAUAAAAGAAAUUAAUAUAAUUUUGUUAUAAAUAUGCAAAUACUUAAAGCACGUUACGCGCUACGCGCAUCAGCGUCCCAAUUUCAAGCAUGGAGCUCAGCAAAAUGCCGUACUGCAACCACAGACUCCAAAUCCGUCGAAUACAAACCAAUAAGGAGUGUUCUGGUUGCAAAUCGUGGUGAGAUCGCAAUUAGAGUUUUCCGAGCAUGUACGGAACUGGGUAUCCGUUCUGUCGCCAUAUACAGCGAACAGGACAAAUUGCAGAUGCACAGACAAAAAGCCGACGAGGCGUAUAUAGUUGGAAAGGGCCUGCCCCCAGUCGAAGCGUACCUCAGCAUCCCGGAGAUCAUCCGAGUGGCCAAGGAGAAUGACGUCGACGCCGUACACCCUGGUUAUGGAUUAUUAUCAGAAAGGUCAGACUUCGCGCAGGCCAUCGUGGACGCCGGCAUGCGAUUCAUCGGUCCCUCCCCGAAGGUAGUGCAGCAGAUGGGUGACAAAGUCGCAGCCAGGAAAGCUGCUAUUGAUGCCAAGGUGCCCAUUGUCCCCGGUACUGAUGGCCCGAUAACUACCAAAGAGGAAGCUUUGGAAUUCUGUAAGAAACAUGGACUACCUGUCAUUUUCAAGGCUGCAUACGGCGGUGGUGGUCGAGGCAUGCGAGUGGUCCGCGAGAUGAGUGACGUAGCGUCCGCGUUCGAGCGAGCCUCGUCCGAAGCGCUCGGUGCUUUCGGCAACGGAUCCAUGUUCAUUGAGAGAUUCAUUGAGCGGCCGAGACAUAUUGAAGUGCAGUUAUUGGGUGACAAGGCUGGUAACGUCGUGCAUCUGUAUGAGAGAGACUGCUCCGUACAGAGACGGCAUCAGAAGGUCGUCGAGAUUGCGCCGGCGCCACGGCUCGAUCCUGAGGUACGUCAAAAAAUGGUGGAUUGCGCAGUGCACCUUGCAAAACACGUCGGAUACGAGAACGCUGGCACCGUCGAGUUCUUGCUUGACGACAAAGGGAACUUCUACUUCAUCGAAGUCAACGCUAGGCUACAAGUAGAGCACACGAUAACAGAAGAGGUGACAAGCGUAGAUCUUGUGCAAUCACAAAUCAGGGUAGCCGAAGGCAUGACCCUACCUGAAUUAGGUCUCACACAAGACAAGAUCCGAACAGAAGGAUUCGCCAUACAGUGCCGAGUCACAACUGAAGAUCCAGGCAAUAACUUCCAACCGAGCACCGGCAGGAUUGAAGUGUUUAGAUCUGGUGAGGGUAUGGGCAUCCGACUCGAUUCCGCGUCAACAUACGCCGGCGCUGUCAUAUCGCCCUACUACGACUCUCUGCUAGUUAAAGUAAUAUCUCACGCUCAAGAUCUGCCAGCGUCCGCAGCCAAAAUGAACCGAGCUUUACGCGAGUUCCGUAUUCGAGGCGUUAAGACCAAUAUACCGUUUUUGCUCAAUGUGUUAGAAAACCAGAAGUUCCUUAAUGGCGCAGUAGACACUUACUUCAUUGACGAGCACCCUCAGCUCUUCAUGUUCAAAACGUCACAGAACAGAGCACAGAAGCUGCUCAACUACCUCGGCCAAGUCUUGGUGAAUGGGCCCGCCACCCCCCUCGCUACCAAGAUACCGCCGUCCGACGUCAAGCCUUACAUCCCGCCUGUCCCACUAGACCUUUCCCCUGCGGCAUUAAAAAGGCAGGAAUUAACUGGCGAAAAUACAGCUGUCAAGCCACCGAGAGGAUAUAAGCAGAUCCUUCAAGAAGGCGGCCCAGAAGCCUUCGCUAAAGCAGUGAGACAGAAUAAAGGCCUGCUCCUCAUGGACACGACCUUCAGAGAUGCCCAUCAGUCCCUAUUGGCGACCAGAGUGCGAACACAUGACCUGCUUGCAGUCUCACCCUACGUAGCCCAGAACUUUAGCAAUUUGUACUCGCUCGAGAACUGGGGCGGCGCCACAUUCGAUGUUGCUCUUAGAUUCCUCCACGAGUGUCCGUGGGAACGUCUCCGCGAGAUGCGACGGCUGAUCCCCAACAUUCCGUUCCAGAUGUUGUUGCGUGGUGCCAACGCUGUGGGGUACACCAACUACCCUGACAAUGUCGUAUACAAGUUUUGCGAAAUGGCUGUUAAAGAAGGCAUGGAUAUUUUCCGUGUAUUCGAUUCACUGAACUACCUCCCUAACUUGAUGCUCGGUAUGGAUGCGGCAGGAAAAGCCGGAGGCGUCGUUGAAGCGGCGAUAUCGUACACCGGAGAUGUAUCAGAUCCUAAGAAGACGAAAUACGAUCUCAAAUACUAUUUAGGACUCGCUGACGAACUUAUUAAAGGAGGCACUCACGUUCUUUGCAUCAAAGAUAUGGCUGGAUUAUUGAAACCACAAGCGGCCAAGCUGCUGAUCUCGGCGAUCCGCGACAAGCACCCGUCGACGCCGAUCCACGUGCACACGCACGACACGUCUGGCGCGGGCGUGGCGGCCAUGCUGGCGUGCGCGGAGGCGGGCGCCGACGUGGUGGACGCCGCCGUCGACUCCAUGUCGGGGCUCACCAGCCAGCCCAGCCUCGGCGCGCUCGUCGCCUCGCUGCAGGCCACGCCGCUCGACACCGGAAUUCCUCUCCAAACAGUAUCAGAGUACUCGGCGUACUGGGAGCAAGCGCGUACACUGUACGGACCAUUCGAGUGUACGGCCACCAUGAAGUCCGGUAACGCUGAUGUAUACAUCAACGAAAUUCCCGGCGGACAGUACACUAAUUUGCAGUUCCAAGCAUUCUCAUUGGGAUUGGGAAGUCAGUUUGAGCAAGUGAAGAAAGCCUAUAGGGAAGCCAACUUGAUCCUCGGCGACAUCAUCAAAGUGACGCCCUCGUCGAAAGUGGUCGGAGACUUGGCUCAGUUCAUGGUACAAAACAAGCUGACCGCCGCCGACAUUGAGGCAAGAGCGGAAGAGCUCUCCUUCCCCAAGUCGGUCGUGGAGUACCUUCAAGGCGCCAUUGGUAUACCGCCCGGUGGAUUCCCUGAACCUCUUAGGUCAAAGGUAUUAAAAGAUAUGCCUAGAAUAGAGGGUCGGCCAGGCCAGGAGCUACCUCCAUUAGACUUCGACAAAUUGAAAAACGAAAUUGCGGAAACAUAUCCAAAUAUUACAGACUUAGACGUGAUGUCGGCAGCGAUGUACCCGCAGGUCGCGAACGACUACCUCCGUAUCAGAGACAAGUACGGGCCCGUCAACUUGCUGGACACCAAGACCUUCCUCGUUGGGCCCACGGUUGGUGAAACAAUAGAAGUUAAAAUCGAGCGAGGCAAGACCCUAGAUAUUAAGACACUCGCCGUAUCGGACGAAAUGACUGCGGCCGGAGAGAGGGAGGUGUUCUUCGAACUCAACGGACAGUUGCGAUCUGUCUUCAUCAGGGAUGAGAACGCGAGCAAGGAAAUGAAGAUUCAUCCGAAAGCAGUGAAAGGCGACAAGAACCAAGUGGGAGCUCCUAUGCCUGGAACAGUACUAACAAUCAAAGUGAAAGAGGGCGAUAAAGUGGACAAAGGCCAACCCAUCGCCGUCCUCUCCGCCAUGAAGAUGGAAAUGAUUGUCCAAGCUCCCAAAGCUGGCACCAUCAAGUCUGUAAACAUUACGAACGGACAGAAACUAGAAGGGGAAGACUUGAUCUGUACAUUAGAGUAAAUAAUACAUUUUAUUUAGUAUUCCCCGGCGUGUGUGUAACGACUGAUUUGGCGUAUUAUAAUGGAGAAAGACAAUGUCACAAUUACAGUUAUGUUAUUAAUCUAAAUAUUAGAUUAUAAUGCAUAAACAAACCAAAGCAAAAAUAUUUAUUUUAAAAAUUGUGUGUAGUUACAUCGAAGACAAUUAUUUAUUAUCAUUCUAUUUCCCAGGUUUAGACAUUAGAUAUAUUUGUAUAGGAAAAAGAAUAAAAUAUGUAUAAGAUUAUUUGUAACAGGCAUAUAAAAACAAAACUCAGUAUUCAUGAAUCAAACAAUUUGAAAUUACGAAUGAUGAUAUAUAUGCAUAAGUAACAAUAAAAUUAUGCAGUUAAUCUUCCCCGUUCAACUGAGUUUUGAUUUAUAUCCAAUACAAUUAAUCCUAUAUAAAUAAAAUAUUUAUUGAUGUUUAGACAUUUUUUCCUGUGAUUACUUUGUGAAACGUCGAAGGCGAGUGAAGUGUGAUCGCUUAACUUAAUAUAUAUUUAUAUAUGUAUAUGCAAUUAUAAUUUUAUAAAGAAAAAAACAACCUGUGAUAUACAUCACUAUACAAUAGUGUACACAAGUGACUUAACUGCAUCACGGUAUAAAAUGUGAAAAUUUAGGUAGUAUAUACAAAUUUAUUAGAAAAAAAAUUUCAAUUAUGAAGCCUUUUCAAAAAUAGAACCGUCGCGAUUGCAAAAUUUAUCAUUAUUAUUAAUCGGAACGCAUGAGAAAGUCGCGGGGCACUGUUAUCUCAUCUCAUGCAUGCUGUAACGAAAACAUAUCUAUCGAUAGAUUCCCUUUAUUAUUUGUUUAUGAGAGUUUAUAAAUCAAAAAAAUAGUGUAACAUUGCAAAGUUCGUAUUGAAUGUUACGUUGCGAGUAAAUCCUAGGUCAGUCAUUAGCUUAAGGCAAAAAUAUUGUUUGUGUAGUGUAAAUAUUCAUUAAGUUCAUUUGUAAAAUGAAAACUGUACUUUAAAAGUAAAAUUGUCGUCAUUAUGACCACUACCAACAUACAAUUUUAACACGACAGUUGAUAAAGAAAAUGUGAAAUAAAUGUGCCAAACCGCCUGGCCAAGGUAGUGAUAGUAGACUGUAUCUUAGGGGGGAAAAUGGUGCCUGAAGUGAGACGUUAUUAAUGGGUUGUGAGAAUAAGAUAUAUUAGAUUUAAAUAUCAUUAUACAACGGUGAUAACUAAAAAGUAAACUAAUAACAAAUCGCGACGUUUCUUCACAGAAGAACUAUUUUUGAAAAGGCCACUUUCAAGUGAAACUUGACACAUACCAAUAAACUUGAAAAUAGCAUCAUCUGCAUCUUUCAAUAAUAAUUCUUGUUUUUCCUCUUUUCUCAAAUUUUUGUUUAAACAUGCUAAGAACAGCUCUUGUAUUAUUCAUUUGAGCUUACUUGUUCUAUUUUAGAACUGUUUAAAUCCACCUUGCGAUAUUUAGUAGAAUCAUAUUUACGGCGAUUUAGCGGAGGUGCCGAAUUCACCACAGAUUCACAAAUUCAGGAAAUUUGUGCAAUACUUGUGGAUACGAUGUAUUCCUACUUCGUCAAUAAGCGACGAAUUCAAACUAGAAAUUCUUGGAUUCGUGGACAAGCGCUGUAUUAGCUUCAUCGAAAAGACAUUAAAACAAUGAUGUAAUAUAAAUUUACUUUUAAGAAUUCAUUAUGUUGUUAUUUUUAGUUUUUACAACCGAACUUAGAGUAAUGGUGCUUUCUUGUUAUUUUUCUUAUUGUUAUUUUUUUUCGUAUGUUUGUAUUUUUUAAUAAAAUAUUUAUACUAUAUGAAA